AACGGGAUUUUAAUUUUCUAUUUUGGACCAAGCAGCGCCCCGUACAUUGAGAGGCGUUAACAAGGUGAGGAUUGUUGUGAAAAUUAGCCUCCGGUCGCUGGUAGCGGCUCACCGAACUUUAAUCAGCCGGGCUGCAGGUCACAGCAGCGGGCCACAGCUGGAAGCCAGCCCCGCCGGACGGCGAGAAGCUGCGGAACCAGAACCGAACCGGACAGCUGGCAUUAGCCCGACCGCUGCGCAGUGAAUGGGUCGCUGAAUCCAGGCCGUCAGGAUGAGCACCAAGGGCGGCGUGACGGCGCUGACACGCAGGAACUACAGGCUGGCCUCCGACACGGACAAGCCCCGGUCCACAGGUAUCGUCAGUGAGAAGCUGCUGAGCGACUACCUGCAUCACGUCUUCCCUUCCAGCAAGCAGCCACCCACUGUCGCCUCUCUCAGGAAGCCUCUGGGGUUCCAGGACCUGGGCUCCCAUCUGGACCGGCUCCUGGCUGAAGCAGAACCGUGUGAGGAGAGCAGAGGAAGGGGUUGGGGACACGCCGGACUCGUACGCCUACGAUGGGAACCGCGUGAGGAAGUGGAACGUGACGACCACCAACUAUGGAAAGUCGUGGGCGGCUGGAGACAUCGUGAGCUGCCUGGUGGACCUGGAUGAGGGAACCAUCACCUUCUGCCUGAACGGCCAGUCUCUGGGCACGGCCUUCAGCGGCAUCAAGACGGGUCCGGGCGUGGCCUACUUCCCCGCCAUCAGCCUCUCCUUCAAAGAGUCCGUGGCCUUCAACUUCGGCAGCAGGCCGCUCCGGUACCCGGUGGAAGGCUACCUGCCGCUGCAGGACCCCCCCACCACCGACCUGCUGAAGGCCCACCGCCUGCUGGGCUUCAUCAAGAACGUUCUGUCCACCUGCCUGGACCCGCAGGAGGAGAAGCUGCAGGAGAAGGAGGCGGCGGCCUGGAGCCUCCAUGGAGAACCCACGGUGCUCAUCACACUGGCCCACAUCUUCAACCACUUCGCUCCUCUCAUGUGUAAGGUCUACCUGGUGGAGGACGUUCUGAUGAACUUCCUGCUGGGCAUCCUGGAAGGAGGAGGUUCUGUGGACGAACAUCCGCUCAUCCAGCAGCUGCUCGACCUCUUCUGGCUGCUGAUGGAGGAGCACGAGGUGAACGAGUGUCUGAAGCAGCUGAUGAUGUCUCUGCUGAGGGCGUACCGGUUCUCCCCCAUCAUCCCGGACCUGGGCUUCCAGAUCCACUAUCUGCGUCUGACCACCGCCAUCCUGCGUCACGAGAAGUCCAGGAAGUACCUGCUCAACAACGUUCUCUUUGAUGUUCUGCGUUCGGUGGUCUUCUUCUACAUCAAGACGCCUCUCAGGGUGAAGGAGGCGGGGCUGGAGGAGCUCAUCCCCACCACCUGGUGGCCCACGCACUUCGACAAGGAGGGUAAAGACGAGCGGGAGCCCAAAGACGAGAGUUCAGACGAGCGUCUGCGGCGCCGGGCGUACGAGAGAGGCUGCCAGAGGCUGAAGAAGCGCAUCGAAGUGGUGGAGGACCUGCAGGUCCAGAUCCUCAAGCUGCUGCUCAACAACAAGGACAAAACCACGGGAGAAGCUUCUCGCUACAUCUUCCUCAACAAGUUCAGGAAGUUCCUGCAGGAGAACGCCAGCAACCGCGGGCACCCCACGGCGCUGUGCCCCCCCGAGUACAUGGUGUGCUUCCUGCACCGGCUGGUCGCCGCCGUCAGGAGCUGCUGGGACGAAGGCGGCAGGAAGAACCUCAGCAGCCUCAGCAGCGAAGACGCCUACGUUCCCCCGCAGCUCUUCUACAACGGAAAGGUGGACUACUUUGACCUGCAGAGGCUGGGGGGGCUCCUGUCCCACCUCAAGAAGACGCUUAAAGAUGACCUGGCCUGUAAGGCCAACGUUCUCAUCGACCCGGCGGAGAUCCAGACCGCCUCCAUGGACGACCUGGAUGAAGACGAGGAGAGCGGCGCCGCCCAGAGGCCUUUCGGAGCAGCGGCCAUGGGCGGCGCUCUGGCCCGGCCCAGCUGGCUGAGUUCUCCCACGCUGGGCCGGGCCAACCGGUUCCUGAGCACGGCCGCCGUCAGCCUGAUGACGCCUCGCCGCCCGCUGGCCCAGCCUGAGAAGGUGAAGGUGAGGAGCCUCGCCGUGGAGCAGCGCACCGAGGAGGACAUCGAAGGGAGCCAUGGCAACGACGGCCUGUUGCUGGGGCGACCGCAGGAGGAGCCCGACCAGCCAAUCACAGACAAGUCUCUGCUGGAGAUCAUCGACGGCAUCGUGAUGAUGUACAACCUGAGCGUCCAUCAGCAGCUGGGCAAGAUGGUGGUGGUGGCAGACGAGGUCCAUGAAUACGCCGUGGCUCUGAAGGACACGGAGGAGAAGAUCGCUCGCUGUCCGGCCCGGAGGGCAGACAUCCUGGAGGAGCUCCAGAAGAGCCAGAAGGUCUUCGCUGAGAAGCUGAACCACCUGAGCCGCAGGCUGGCCUGGAUCAACGCCACCAUCUACUCCAAGGAGAAGAUGCUGGACGUCUACUGGCUGCUGUGUGUCUGCAUCCGGACCAUCGAGCACGCCGACAACACGGGCUCCCUGUUCGCCUUCGCUCCUGAGUUCUACCUGAACGUGGCGAUGAACGCCUACAGCGCCCUGAAGAACUACUUCAGCCCCGCCAACAGCAUGGAGGAGCUGCCAGGUUAUGAAGAAACGCUGACGCAGCUCGCCGCCAUCCUCGCCAAGCACUUCGCUGACCCACGCAUCGUUGGAACAGAUAUCAAAGAUUCCCUGAUGCAGGCCUUGGCCAGCUACGUCUGUUACCCACAAUCCCUCAGGGCGGUGGAGAGGAUCCCAGAGGAACAGCGCGUGGCCAUGAUGAGGAACCUGCUGGCUCCGUACGAGCAGAGGCCGUGGGCUCAGACCAACUGGAUCCUGGUGCGACUCUGGCGGGGCUGUGGCUUCGGCUACAGGUACACCCGCCUGCCUCACCUGCUGAAGACCAAGCCUGAGGACGCCAACCUGCCCAGCCUGCAGAGAGACCUGUCCGUUGCUAGUUUCCAGAAACCGUGUCCGUCGUUGCUGCUGCAGAAACACAUGGCGGAGCUGCUGAGCCUGGACAAGGACAUGGCCGCCUCCUUCCUCAACAGCGUCCUGAACCAGCUCAACUGGGCCUUCUCCGAGUUCAUCGGCAUGAUCCAGGAGAUCCAGCAGGCUGCAGAGCGUCCAGAGAGGAACUUUGUGGACACUCGUCAGCUGAAGGUGUGCGCCACCUGCUUUGACCUGUCCGUCAGCCUGCUGAGGGUUCUGGAGAUGACCGUCACGCUGGUACCGGAGAUCUUCCUGGACUGGUCCCGGCCGUCAGCAGAGCUGCUGCUGAGACGGCUCGCUCAGCUGCUGAACCAGGUCCUGAACCGCGUGACGGCGGAGAAGAACCUGUUCGAUCGGGUCGUGAACCUCAGACUGCCAGGUCUGGAGAGCGUGGACCACUACCCGAUCCUGGUGGCCGUGACGGGGAUCCUGGUCCGGAUCCUGGUGGAUGGAGACAAACAGGGAACAUCUCGAGCUGCUGCCGUCCUCCUGUCGGACCCCUGCUUCCAGCUCCACUCCAUCCAGCACCUCCUCGGAGAACCAGGAGCCUCCUCUGGGUCGCCGGCUGCCGUCCGGCCUGCAGGUUCCUCUGCGGCUCCUCUGGUUCCCUCGGCUGCUGGGAACCCUGAGAGAAAGCACUUCUCCCUGCACGCAUACACCGACUACAUCAGCCAGGAGGAGAAGCAGAAGGUGGAGAAGAUGCUGGACUUCCUCACCGAGGAGUCCAAGCAGGCUGCAGCCGCCACCGCCCCGACCAGUGAGGAGGAUCUCUGCCCCAUCUGCUACGCCCACUCCAUCUCUGCAGUCUUCAGGCCCUGCUCACACAAGUCCUGCAAAGCCUGCAUCAACCAGCACCUGAUGAACAACAAGGACUGUUUCUUCUGCAAGGCCACCAUCACCGGGGUGGAGGACUACAGCAAGCCCUGCUCCUCCUAACACCUGGAGGUGUGUCCAGGGUCACGAGCAGCCAAUCAGCUCCCUGCUCUCACCACCACCCCACCCGCCCCACUGCUGGGGAGGGACUUUUAUUUUGAAAGAGACCAGGUGCUCUGAUUCUGGACUGUUCUGCACCAUCAGAACCAGAACACAGUUGGUUUUCUUGGAGCUUCUUCAGUUUUUCUUUUUUAAAUGUCCCAUUAAUGAGCUGCAGCACCAGAACAGAACUUGGUUUCGGUCCACUUUAGUUUUAGCGUGUCUUAUGGGUCUGCUGUGAUGAUUUAGAGACGGAAACAAUCCUUCAGCUGCAGCUGUGAGGACAUUAACCAGGUAAACACUGAGGAUCACUCAGAGAAUCCCGACAGGUGUAAACACAGGUGUACAGGCUGCAAAGAGGCUCCGCCCCCUGCAGCAGGUUAUCUGUGGCGUUUCCACGGACAGCAGGGAAAUAAACCCACGACUGAGCGCCCAUCAGUUCCCCGUUUAAAACCGUUUCACACAGAUCCUUAAGAUUCAGAAUUCCUGCAGCACCUAAAUGCACCACAGGGCCGCCGCCGUUUAGGCUCCAAGCUCACAUGCACGCUCCUACGUGCACGCUCCUACGUGCACGCUUCUAUGUGCACACUCCUACGUGCACGCUCAGGAAGGCUAACUGGUGUGUGAGGAUGAAGAUGAGCUGCUCAGACAGAACCUGUUUGUGUUCUGGAUCAGAACCCAAACAGUUCUGGAUCAGAACCCAAACAGGUUCUCCUGGUGGAGAACGGGCCUGAACCUGCGAAGGAGGCCCGGCCCGUCUGUAGAUGUUCUGGUUCUGAUGGUUCAUAGUUCCUGGAGGAGAUCCCUCAGUUUCCGUCCUCCUUGGUGAAACAGAUGCAACGUCGGGUCAUCUCAAGUUCUGCAGAACGUUUCUAUCAGCAGAUGUUCUUCACCUGGAGGGAGGAACAUCUGUCCUUCCAGGACCUGAAGCUGCAGCAGAUGAUGGACCUCAGAGCUGGAGACGGUCCUAACCUCAUGGUUCUGAGGUUCUGCAGGGAACCAACUGGAUCUGAUGCGUCUCAGUGCUUCAGUUCCUCUAAGUUUAAUAUCAGGAGGCAGAAGGUUGAACACCAAGAGCAAUAAUACUGCAGCGGUUCUGUUGGUUCUGAUCGGGUUCUGUUGGUGUGAAAGUGCAACAUAUCAAAUCUGUAACCUCAUUAAAUUAUUUAUCCUGAACCAAACAA